AUGUCAAUUGGUAUAAAACCUGAGAAACAUCAGACAGGUACCCUCAUAAAUGACCGAUACAUUCUUACGAGUGCCACACAACUCUUUGGGUAUUUUCCCGCCAAAUUUUUUUUACCUAACCACUCGCCUGAAAAUCGGCAAAAUAUCCAAUCGAAUCAAAAAAUAUUUAAAUUACUCACCUUAACAGAAUCCACGUAUAAUGGCGAAGUAGGUACAGUAGCCUCAUGGUUUUCUGCUCCAUCUCUACCAAUUUCUACAGACACCUCUUCCACAACUUUCGUACCAAAUUAUUCAAGAAAUGGCGCUACUACGAAAAGUAUUACGAAUUUUGAUGUUUUCUGUAUUCCACGCAAAAUUGGACUUCCAAUUCAAAUAGGGGGUGAGUGCAAAUUUCUUGCCCGAUUCAAUGAGGGAUGUAUUGGAGUGAGUGGAGUUGCAAACUAUCACCUCUGCCAAGGAGAUACAGGAUCAGGAAUUUUCGUUCAAAACUACAAAGGAUAUUACGAGUUGGUCGGAAUUUUAUCCAAUAAACAAUGGUGUAGUGGUGAAGGUUCUUUUUGGAUAUCGGGAGAAACUACCAAAACAACACCAACUACAACAAGGAUUACAUCUGAAGGAAUAACAGAGACGAUGACUACAGAACAACAAACAGAUGAAAAUGAGGAAGACCAAAUGCGGAUUGCUCGUGGUUUUGAUACUCUUAAUUACUUAUUUGGUUUUCCUAUAUUUGUCAAAGUCUCUGAUGAACUUGAGUGGAUUUUAAUGAAUACCAGGGAUGCUUUGUAUUGUCAUAAAAUCUAAUAUAAAUUGUAUGAUAUAAAACAAUAUAAAAUAUGAUCUGUUUCGUACAAAU